AUGCCCACCCAUUCAUAGAAUUGAGAGGACGGGCAUGCGCAGACGAGGGCCUUUCCCUCCCAUUCAUAAAAUAGCCAUUUUCCCAGGCAGCAGUUGUUGCAAUAGCGAGGCGAAGCGAAGGGGGAAGCGGCGGCUGCUGCUUGUGCUGGUGCUGACAGCGCAGCACUUGUAAGUCGCUCCCGGAGAAGCAGGGGUGCUCCGUGCCAAACUGCCCCCCUUGCCCGCACAGCUCGCGAACUGUCUCGGAUUUAGGAUUAACUCGCCUGUUGAGAGAUGAUCUUAGCUGGAUUAUUUCAAGACACUUAAAAGCAGUGUUUCUCGGUGCUGAAGGACAGCCUGAGCAAUGGAGCCUCGGACACCUCACAGCAUUACUGGGGUUCCCAAUUCCACUGUGGCGGUCCAGCCUCUCCUGGACAGCCGCAUCCCCUAUGGCAGGCUGCAGCAUCCUCUGACCAUCCUGCCAAUUGACCAAAUGAAGACCACGCACCUGGAGAACGACUACAUAGACAACCCCACACUGGCCCAGGUGGCUGCUCAGAAACAUCCCCGGGGCCACCACGAGCCUGCCCACCCCCCACGAUGCGAGCAGGACAUCACUCAUCCAUGGAUCUCUUUCAGCGGGCGGCCCAGUUCCAUCAGCAGUAGCAGUAGCACAUCUUCGGAUCAAAGGCUUUUGGAUCACAUGGUUCCAGCCCCGGUAGCAGACCAGUCCUCCCCGAGGGCUGUCCGGAUACAGCCUAAGGUGAUUAAUUGCAAGCCCUUGGACCUGAAGGGGCCUGCUUCUCAGGAGAUGGACAAGCACUUUUUGCUGUGCGAAGCCUGUGGGAAAUGCAAGUGCAAGGAGUGCGCCCUGCCGAGGACUUUGCCCUCCUGCUGGGUGUGCAACCAGGAGUGCCUAUGCUCGGCUCAGAACCUGGUCAACUAUUCCACCUGCAUGUGUCUGGUGAAGGGCGUCUUCUACCACUGUACCAACGAGGACGACGAGGGCUCUUGCGCAGACCACCCCUGCUCCUGCUCGCAUUCGAACUGCUGCGCUCGCUGGUCUUUCAUGAGCGCCCUCUCUCUGGUCCUGCCUUGCUUGCUGUGCUACCUGCCGGCCACCGGCUGCGUGAAGCUGUCGCAGCGGUGCUACGACCAAGUGAGUCGGCCAGGAUGCCGGUGCAAAAACACAAACAGUGUGAUUUGCAAAGCAUCACCUGAAGGGAAAGUUGGCAGCAGGCCAGAGAAGCCAUUUUGAUCUCUGGAGAGAGGGGGGGGCAUUAGUGCCGAAAAACAACAGGAAAGGGAGUUUCAUAACCUGCGUUGUGAGUGUAACAUGUGUCAGCCUUUUGCUUUCAACAAACGAAGGGAAAUGUCUCUUUCCAGGAACUGAAGCACUUUGGGAUUAUUCAGGGGGUUGCGGAAGUGGUGAUCUGUACUUAUUAUGCAGUAGGGAUCUGAAGAAUCUUUCUGAUUAUUUUUGCAGGGCAAAGGCAGAAAUCUACUAGAUAGGGCAAUCUGAAGACUGCUUCUGUUCAUUUCUUAGUCUUGGCUGGUUGCUAAGUCUGCAUGCCACAAGAAUAAUUAACAGAUGGGAUUGGCAGGUACAUCAACAGCUGUAACAGGGUUCUUAUUCCUAGAAGGUGAUAUCCAUUUCAGCCCCCUCCCCCACUCUACUCCAACCUUUUAUUUAUUACCUGUAGACCAUUGGCAACCAAGAGUUAAUGUUCUCAACACUUUAGUAGGGACCCUGCCCAACCCCUCAAUAUCCCCUCCACACACACACUUAAGGCAGUUAUUGAAAAAGAUCCUUCUAUCCAUUCCCUAAGUCCUUUUAAGUCAGCCUCCAUGGGCCAAAAUGAUAGAACUUGAUAGGCAGAAAUCAGCAGGUGCUACUUUUUUACAGCAUGGAGAGGAUGUUGCCCUUAGCAGAUUGAUGCAUAUCACGCUACAGUUGAGGCACAGAUGGAAAAGUGGGCAAGCCCACCAGUUUCCUCCUCUUAAGGCCAUUUUAUUCUUCGUUGCUCUCUCUCUCUCUUUCUUUGGCUUCAUUGAAUGUAUACAAAGAAUACAUCUUGCCUAGGGACAUGAUCUGUCCCUCAUUUAGCAUCUGUUGGAUGCUAUUGGUGUGUGCGCCUCCCCCCCACCCUCACACCGGAACAAUUUUGCCAGUAACAGGAAGAUCUCUGACCUGCAACCACCGAUAUGGAGAUAAUCCACUGCCUUCAGUAAGGCUACUCUUUGAGGCUUUGAUUCUUAAAGUGCGCUGGCAGCCCUUGCAGCUAAAAUGCGGUUCUCUGAGCAAAGCUUCCAGUAACAGGAGUGCUUGAGAGACGAGGCCCCUUUUCAGCCACGUGUUUCAGAUGCAUUUGGUUCUGAGCACACAUUUAACAUCGAUAAAUUACUUUGCCCAAUCAAACGGCACACUCAGGGUAUCACACAGCGAAAUCUUGCUAAGGCAAAAACAAAAAAAGGCUUUGAAGGCACCAAUAUCAUAAACCCUUCCAUGUCAAAUUGUGGCAGCCCUCCUCUCCUUGAAAUAAACUAUGUUCAGCUUAAUUGAGGUACACAUAAGUACUUACAGCAUAUGAGCCUAAACCAGCCUUUGGCAACCUGGUGGCCUCCAGAUGUUGGCUGGGAUUGAUGGGUGUUGUGGUCCAACAACAUGUGGAGGGCCCCAGGUUGGUGAAAGCUAAGCUAAGAAAUCACCUACAUUACCCUUCUUCCACCUUGCACUCACUGGGCCAAUGCAAACUGAGCACAAUGCCUUUGCAUAUAUGUGGGAUGGGUUCACACACACACAGAAUAUCAGUGCAACCCCAAGUUCACAUGAAAGGUGGAUUUGGUUUUGGCCAAAUGACAUUUGCUCAGUAUUUAAAUUCUCACUUUUAUUGCUGCUGCUCAACUUUUGUCUCCUGUAAAAUAGCAUUAUCUAUUAAAUACAGAGGAAUUUCUUUUUAAAAGGAAAAUAAUAAGUCUAUUUUAGCAUCAAGUACUUUUAGAGGAGCAUGUGGAAGCUUAGAGGUGAAUAUUUGUUGCAAACUGCCCAUGUUUUUCAGUAGCCAACAGUUUUCAGCCUCAUCUAUACACUCAAGGUUAGGGUUAUUGCAUGAGGGACUGUUGAAUUCCUGUUGGGAAGAGAACAGAAGCACCUCUAUUCAAGACCAAUGUUGCAUUCCCUUAAAGUGGAUUAAUCCCAUUCUAUCGACAACCACAAGGUGCUAAACAGAAAACAGUUCACCAAUAUAAUGAAUCAAACUGAGUGGGUAUUUGUUGCAUGCAAAAAGCUGAACUUAUGUCUCUGCUGGUUUUAUUUUUCAACUUGGAAUUCCUGUACUGGAGUGACUGUGUGAAAACUGCCUUGUUUUAAUUAGGCAAGCAGUAGGCAAAGCCCACGCUCUCAUUCUCCAAGCAAAUCAGAUUUCUCAUUUGAAAUGAAACACACACACUAUACUGACAGUAGCAAACCACCGCCCCCCCCCCCCAAUUUUGCUUUUACUGAUUGGGGGUUGACUUCAUUUUUUGAGAACUGUAUAUAUUUAUUGAUUGGGAAAUAUUUUUAAUCUUCCUUUUUAUAUUUAUAAUAUGCCGGCUAUGUAUAUAGUGUUUCACAGAAAAAGGGAUGCUACACAUACGUUGUCAAGAUACUGGUUUGUAUAGUUUAGCCUUGCCAAGAACACACUGGGCACAUCCACUGGGAGCAUCUGCCCAUAGAAGUGAAUGGGAGAGACAUCAAGAAUGCCUUUUUGGUGCCACUCCCAUCCAUUUCAAUGGAGAGUAUUUCAUAAGUUCCUGUUGGGUUGCGCACAGUAUGUUGUACAUAUAUAUUCUUGCACAAACUUGAGGGAACCAUGCAAUGGGGGAGUGGGGGGAAAGAAAGAGAAACUUAGCCAAAAUACUGUUGAAUGUAUAAAUCGCCGUAGCUUUUCAAGGGAUGGUAAACCAGGCUCACAGAGUAUAAGCCAGCUGGGCAUCCAGCCUCAUACACAACACUCUCGGUUAAUUAUAUGCUUUAUUGUAUCUUAUGCUCCUGUUAACGUGGGACAGCCCUGAUCAGGCAACUACAGAUUCCAGCUGGCUUGGCUGCCCAUAGCAAGUAAGCAAACUGGUGGAUCAGCACUUUGCCAAUUUAUAUAUGUACAUACCCACCUGGAACAUUUCUAUAUUUCUUAUACAAUGUUGUUGUUGUUGUGUUGUUGUUGGGGUUUUUUUUAAAAAAAAUUGAAACCAGACCUUUAAUUUUUACUGUACAUAGCUCUAAACCACUGAAAUUUCUACAUGGGCUCCCCCCACCCCCCACCCAUUUUAAACCUGUCAAGGCCAAUCUGAUGUAAGUGGAUCAAUGUGCUCUAAAAGGCUGCGAAAGGAAAGCCUACACAAAUGUAGCAGAAUGAAGCUCCUUGUAUGGUCCAGGCCCCCCUCUGGUGUAGCAGUCAGUCAAGCAUGUUUCUCCUGCUCUUUCCUCGAGGCCUAGCAACAAAGUUGACAAGUUUCAUACUGAGCUUUGAAAGGUUUCUGGAUUAGACCAGCCCAAAAGGCUGGACAACAUUACACUGUUCCUUUUAGAUGGACUUGGCUGCUGUGGUAGCAAAGGAUUCCUCCCUCUUAAGCCAACACACUUUUCCUUUUCCUUUUUUUAAAGGCCACCUUCCACUUUUAAGGUACACACACACACACACACUCCUUUUGACAUUGCCUCCAGGUUCAAAACACUAAGUAUUCAAAAGGUUGGAUAAUAUGGCUGCAUACAUUUGAAAUUGAGUGAAUGCUGUACUGGCUGCACCCCCAAGGGUCAAAACUUAUCAGAAAAUGAACCAUCUUUUUUUUUAAUUGUCCCGGCAGGUCAGGCUGGAUCCUGGGGAUGACCCCAUCACUCAAGCGUUGUUGAUCUUGUUGUUGUUUUGCCUUCCUGAAAACUCUUUCUCAUUGCUUUAGCAAAGUAAAAUAUCUAUUUCCUCUUCUGACCCUAGUAAAUGUCUGUCUUGCAGCACUGUGCAUGUUUAGGUUUAUUUUUGUUCAGUUUUGCAGAAAACAGUCAAGGUUCUUCUUUACUUCUUCCAUCAACUGAAAAAAAAAUAUUGCCACAAACGUUUUCCUUUGUAUAGAAUAUUUAUUUUGAAGCUCUAUUUUAAUAGUAUUUAUUUUAGAAGUCUACUAUUGUAAGAGUUCUUCUGUUUGUGAAGAAAAAACAAGUUAAACUGAAUGUACUGAUCUAGAAAUUAUAUAUAAAAUAUAUAUUGUUAAAUAUACAAAGGUCCUCUUGCUUCUUUCUUGAAAUGCAGUUUUUGACUCUCAGCGGUGAAAUGGCACAUAUUGGGCCAUGGGUGGCAAGAGAUAUUCCCUGGAGACUUAUGACCGGAAUUCCUAAUGUCGUAGAACACUUCUUUGUUUAUAAACUCAGUUUGUUUUGAAACUAAGAAGCAGCAACUCUGCAGAAGGGUACUCGCCAAUUUGAAUUCCCAACAAGGCAUAGCCCAAAGGGUGUGCUCUGACAUCACCCACUUAUUUGCACAAUCUCAGUAGGAGUACAACUGCUGUGGAGCUGGUUAUCUGAGGCUAACAAUAAAAUAGCACAAGAAGUGGGCAAGAAGAGAAAUCUUACGGGAGAACAGGCUGAGUUAAGUGGCUUAGUUUGGGGUGAAGAGAGCAUAAGACUCAUAGCAUCUCAUUGUCUUGAGCAGGCACCCCCAAACUUCAGCCCUCCAGAUGUUUUGGACUACAAUUCCCAUCUUCCCCGACCACUGGUCCUGUUAGCUAGGGAUCAUGGGAGUUGUAGGCCAAAACUUCUGGAGGGCCGCAGUUUGGGGGUGCCUGGUAUUGAGCCAGGUGUAUGGCAUAGGUCAAGAAAGGCCUCUAUUAAUGUCCCAUUAAUCUACAUGGUAGCCCUGAACAUUUCAGUUCAGCAUUCCCUACCAGACAAGCCAUACUAUAUUUGUAUAUAUUCACAUAGAUGAGAUAAAUUAUGAUGGCUGAAAUUCAGUAUCAUACAAAAGAGAUUGUUACAUCAGCGCACCUGUGUGCUGAUUCUGGGGUUUUCCCCCUGAUACUUCCAAGCAAAUUGGGGGGGGCAGGGGGGGAGAAGGGAAAGCUCCAUUGGGCUAGAGCAGGCAUCCCCAAACUGCGGCCCUCCAGAUGUUUUGGCCUACAACUCCCAUGAUUCCUAGCUAACAGGACCAGUGGUCAGGGAUGAUGGGAAACAUCUGGAGGGCCAAAUUUGAGGAUGCCUGGGCUAGAGGGACCCAUCGUGCUGGUUUCUGCUAGUGGAACAAUUGAAUUGAAUCCACCCUAUAAUGCAAAAAGGAGUAGGUAAGCAAGUAUAUUGCAUCAGAAGAGGCUGCUUACAGUAAAUCAAUGACCGGUAACCUGAACUCUACCCUGCAUUUGGUUAAAACACUUUUUUCGAAGAGCUGCUUGGGCCCAUGGAAGGUGUUUCUUUCCUUUGCAAAAGUAGUUGUACUACUGUUGCAAUUUGAGUACUGUGGCCAGUGCUUUUCAACAAAAUCAGCCACCUCACAAGUUUGUUGGCAUUGGUAAUAAACAUUAUGAUGUCUGUAUUAUUCCCCUGUAAGAGGUGGGACUUGGCAUACCAUCACUUCUGUGCUUUUUUACCCAAAGUACAUGUGCCCGUAUAUGUAAUCUAAAUAAUGUUUCCAAAACUCUUUCGUUAUGCCCUCUAAUACAUGUCAAAAAAAUUUUUUUAAGGUAAUAAUAAUUGAGAAUGUGGGGAGAGAGGCAGAGAAAACCCAUAGCUGUCAAGUUUUCCCUUUUCUCGCGAGGAACCCUAUUCAGCAUAAGGGAAUUUCCCUUUAAAAAAAGGGAGAACUUGACAGCUAUGGAGAAACCCUUCUGAAAUAACUCUCAUUUUCUGGAUCAAUUAAAUGAAUGGCCGUGUUCUCUCUUAUGGCCGUGUUGAGGCACCAAUUUCCAAACUCCAGCUUUUUUAUUUUAAAAAUGGCCACCACCAUUUCCACCUGGUAAACUGAAGUUGGUCAAUAGUCCCAUGAGGCCUUGUUUUAAUAGCCAAAACACAUUACUCUUGCAUGCUGCCCCUACUACACACACCACCCAAAAUACUAAAGAAUGUGGAAGAUUUAAACUAAAUCUAGUGCAACCUUCCCAUUUGAGAGCAUUAAAUAUUUGUGAACGGCUUCCUCAGAGACUGAUGUAACUGCUCAGCGGCCGCGUCCACUGAUCCCUGAAGAUAGUGGUCAGGAUGUUUUGUGAGUAAAACAUUUCCAACGAGGUUUUUAAAAUGGGUCUCAACAUCUCUCCAAUCAACUGAGAUGGACAUCCUCUUCCAUUUAAACCUGCCCAAGUUUUUUCUGCCUUACUGGAUGUUGAGAGAAGCUUCUGGGAAAUCACCUUGGGAGCCAUUUGCAUCCCUCUGAAGUGAACGAAAGAGGAAUGUUCCAAGCAAGCACAACAGGGUUACAUCAAAUGGGGUGGAGGAGAAAAUAACUAGUAUGCACAGGGGGCAGGUACCCUUUGAACCGAAUCUAAUUCUCACCAUCCUUUCUGGAGAAAAUAGUAAGACAAAAUGUCAGAAGCUAAAGAACAGGAGGAAAGGAGUCCUAAGGACAAAUCAUUAGAAACAUUACAGAAGCCAGCAGGAAAAAAGACCUUUUGGAAAAUACUCUUAUGAGUUUAUCUUUGCUGUUUGAAAACAAAACAAAAAACCCAAACUCCGGAAGAACAAGAUGUGUUACUUUUUAAUUCUUUUUUAUUAUUACAUUUAUAUUCCACUAUUCAUCCAAGGAGCUCAUGGUGGUAUACAUGUUUCACCCUCUUUCCAUUUCAGCCUCACAAUAACACUGUGAGGUAGGUUUGGCUGAGAGAUGGUGACUGGACCAAGGUCACCCCAAAAUAUAUAUAUAGUGCCCCCCCAAGGUAUGAGGGACAGUGGACCAGCCCCCUGCUGAAAACGUUUGCUGACCCCUGUCUAGUCCAACAAUCUAUCCAUUACACUUAUGCUACAGUAUUUUAGAAAUCACUUUUCUCAGAGAGCUCUGAACUGCAUGUUAGCCUCACACAGCAAGCAACCCAGUCAGGCCAGUUAAGCAGAAAGGCAAACUACCAAGCCUUGCAGCUGAAUGCUGCUUGGAACCAAAGCAUUCAACACCACCGCGUCCAGUGCUAUGCUAUAAUUGGCCGUCUUAAACGAGAAAUGUUAAUAACGCUAGAGGCAUCCACUAAAUUCAAACUUAUUUGCAGGAACAACUGAUGCUCUCUUGUAGUGAAGGAACCAAGCAGGGCACCCAAAAAUCUCAAACAUCUGGACUGUCUGGGUAUAUUCUGAGGUGAUUCCCACCCCCCUCUGCAGCCUUCCCAGCUUCCCAACUUUCUCCCUAACACCCCCACCCCACGUUACCAUAUCGAAACCGUAGGCCAUGCCCUCACACCAAACUCAUCAGGAAGAAUGACAAAUGGGAUUAAUAUAAGCCAACAACUUUGUGACAGGGGCCGGAGGAGAAGCCCUAGGCCACUUUGCCCCCUCUUUCCCACUUUCUCCCCCCCCCCAGUAGUUUCUUAUUCUCCCACUUUAAUAAAACAAUAUCUACGUGGCCCGAGGCAGGUGCGAUUUUCAUAAUUUAUGGGUUUCGGAGACAGGAAGAGAGCUCCGGAGUUUUAUUGUGCUUUGCUCACUAAAUGGCAUUCCGAUUGUCUACAUAUCAUUCUUUCAGGCUCUGCUAUCUGGCAGGCGUACAAGCCCUUUUGGAACCCACCUGUGCCUGCUGCCCCCAGGCAAGGGAUAAUUAUGAACACAUCUGUAUGUGCUAAGCAGGAGAUGAAUGAAAAAUUCUCCCCAUUUCCCCAUGUCAUUAGAAAAAAAAAUUCCUGCAUUGACACCUCUAUUAGCACUCAACAACUACAGGCUUGAAAUAAACCUCCCUCCGAUUCUUCCAUUUAUAAAAAUAAUAAAAUAUGCCUUCCCAUCCCUAGCUUCUCUCCUUGCAUUGCUCCAUGUGGACAUAUGCAAAUCCAUCCCAGCAAUUCCCAGCCUAUCCAUUGGAAGUCUAGGAGAGUGACUCAGUUCUGUUACAAAACCUGGGGUGAGGCUGCAAUCCUUUGCGCACUAAAUUGGAAGAACAGCGCAAUCGUGUGUGUAUGUAAGUCCCAUCACAUCCAGCGGGGAUUACUCCUAAGUAUGUGUGUAUAGGAUUUCAGCCUUACAUUGUAAUCCAACCUAUGUCUUAUCAGUGUGUGUUACUGGAUCUUACUCCCAGUUAAGUGCAGGACUGCAGCCUCAACCACACAUUCACUUCAAACAAACAUCAUUGUGAAUGAUCAAUUUAGGAAAUAAAAAGGUGUGGUUUUUUAAAUCAAAAUCAGAUUUCAAAAUUCAUCAACAGCUGAAUAGAGCUCCUGCUUGUACAGUAUGAAAAUAACAUUGCCAGCUAAAAUAUGUAAACCUGAAUCCCACUGAAGGUUUCUCAUGUUAAAGUUUCAGAAACUUUUGAAAUAUGUGAACUUUCUUCUUUCUACUGUUGGACUACUGCCAAUUGAAUCUUGCUGCUGCUUUCCUGAGAUAAUUAUUAAGGUAAUAAUGUCUCAACCAAGUUUAAACCGUUUGUUUGUUUGUUU